AUGAACUCAACAAUUGUGGUAGUAACAGUCAGGGUCGUGGUCAUGGCCGUGGCCGUUUGGAUAGAUUAUCGGGAAUUAUUCCUUCUGGAGAUGCUUCACCACGAUGGAAGAGGCGACGACAUCUCCUCGACCUUCUGCAACACCUGUGGGAUCACCGUUGGCUCAUACCAUUGCAAGGAUUGUUUCAUGUCCAAAUUAUCAUGUCAGACGUGCAUCGUUGGCACUCACGCAUAUUCACCAGCACAUCGUGUAGAGAAGUGGAUCAGCGAAUGCUUCCAAAACGUGACUCUCAAGGAUCUAGGGCUUCGCGUGCAACUUGGGCACAAAGUUGGCAAAUCUUGCCUACUUCCCAGCCGAGCCUUCAAUGAUGAUUUCAUCCUUAUCGACACUCUAGGCAUACACCCUAUGGCCGUGGACUUUUGUGGGUGCGAUAGAGCACAAUCUCACACUGAACAACUCUUACAUGUUGGUUGGUUCCCUGCAACAACCAGUGACCUGAGAACUGCAGCAACAUUUUGUGUACUGCAGCAGUUCCAUGUCUUGUCAUUCAAGUCGAAGAUUUCGGCCUAUGAGUUCUAUCAUUCUUUGGUUCAUAUGACGGACAAUACUGGCCUUUUGAAGCGCAGGGAUCGUUACAAGGUGUUCAUGCGCAUGGCACAUGAAUUUUGGCAUGUAAAGAUGCUGAAGCGAGCAGGGCGCGGCCAUGAUCCCUCUGGUAUCAUUGCCACACAGCAGGGUGAAUGUGCGGUUUUAUGUCCGGCAUGCCCUCAACCAGGGAAGAAUCUGCCAGAUGAUUGGGAGCUUGCUCCAAAAGGAAAAGAUCCAAGCUUGUCCCGUGGGUGGGGGUACUUCAUCAAUGAGACUGAAUACAAGACACAUUUGACUAAUCAAGGCAUGGAAGCCCAAGAGAAAAGCACGUGCGCGAGUCAUAACGCUGUGAAUAUGGCAGAAUCAAAGUCAUCAAAGGGCCUGGCAGCCACAGGGCUUGGAACCAUCGACUGUGCUCGACAUAACAUGAAGCUUCCGAACAGUGUCGGGGACUUGCAGAAAGGCGAGAGAUAUAUUAACAUGGAUUUUCUGUUCUUUUCAACCUUGCGCCACUGCUCUCUCAAAGUUCUCAAUUGGCACAAGAAUCUGUGGGCCAGGAUGGCAACACUUCCCGAAGAUUAUCGACUUGAUCAUGCCAUCAAAACUGUUUGGUUCUUCAUGCCCAAAUUCCAUCUUCCUGCACACAUUGCCAAAUGCCAGAUGACAUUUUCUUUCAAUUGGUCUCAUUGGGUUGGUCACACUGAUGGUGAGGCUCCAGAGCAAGGAUGGUCGAACAUCAACCCGGUAGCUUCUAGUACCAAAGAGAUGGGUCCAGGCUGUCGACGGGACACACUGGAUGACCAUUCUGGAGACUGGAAUUGGAAGAAGGUCGUCAAUUUAGGGGUGAGCUUACUAUGCAAGACAAAGGAAGCAAUGCUGGAGAAGGCGGCCUUCCAUGCGACUUUCAAAGAACUGGAUGCUGCUAUUACUGAAGAACUACCGCAUAGCCUGGAAGGCAGAGAUGUAUCGCUGCACCUGGAGGUUUUGCCAAGUAUCCUCAUAGGAUUAGGUCUGGAUCUAGAAGAAGAACAGUUCAUGAAGGGUCUAGGUAACCACAUCACAGAUACCCAGAAAGGAAACCUGCUAUGUCAGAGAAAUGGUUUAAAUCGUAAGAUCGAGUCAUGGCAGAUGAUGCAAGUGCUAUAUAUGCCUGUCGUUCAUGGCAUGCUCUCUACCUCAAUAUCACCAUCUUCUAAUUCAGGGAUCGAGAAUGCAGAAGACUUAUGGCUCCUACUCCCUUCUGCUAUCGGAAAUCGUCCAUAUCACAACCGCCUACAACUCUACGAAUGGGAACUACGCCUGGCUCAGGCACACAACGCACUGGAAGAGCUCCGGCAAUGUCUGCGCAUCCGCUCGUCACUCUUGACAUACAAGAAGGACUGGAAUGCCUUAGAACCUUGUACAGCAAGGUACCAUGCUUCAUGGGAGGCGCUGAAUACCCUGGCACGAGAAUGUGGGAAGCCUGACAACAUACGACCACUGAUCGAUCCAGACAUUUUGCCCAGGCAGGGGAGACGAAAAUUGAUGUGGAUCUGGAGGAUGCAUGGUGUGGAUAGUAGCGGGGAUGGUACAGAUGAAGAUGGUGAGCACUGGGCUGAGGAGGUUGAACUACUCCAUGAGGAAAUGUGUCAUGUCCUUCAGUUUUUUCAGUGGCAGGCCACGUGGUGGGACAUGCAGGGGCAUCGGCGUGUGGAGGAGGAUACAGGGUGUCUUGAGGGUAUACGGGCUUAUGCUGCCAAGAAGGCAAAAAUUCACCGAGCAUUCAUUGACCAUUUUCAGAUUUUGUGGUCUCCCUUUCUGUCGAGCUCUCCCGAUGCCGUAGCCUUGUCGAACAUCGUUCUUUCUGGUGCAGACCAUCCUGCUGACCUCCCUGAUCUCUCAGCGCCGUGUCCACCUGAGAUCUAG